UUGAAUAUGCUUGACGCCAGACAGAGUCCAUGUAUAAUUGAGCUUUCUAGUGUAUAUAUCUAUACAUACACAUAUUUGAGCUUUCUAGUUUAUAUAUCUAUGCAUACACAUAUUUAAUGGUGAAUCUAAUUGCUUCAUCACAUAUAUGCAUCAUUUGAAUUGAGCUCUCGAAUCGAUCGAAGAACAGAGAUCGAAGAUGUUGGACGGGAUUUUAGGGCGUGGAUUUAGCUCCAAAUGUAAAUCGUUGAUUAAGCCGACGAGGACUCGAAUCGAUGUGUUACGGAGGAGGAAGGAGGCGACGCAGAGGUUUCUCAAGGGAAAUCUCGCUCAACUACUCGCUCAAGGCCUCGAUAUCAAUGCCUAUGGAAGAACUGAAGAAUUUCUUGCUGAACUGAACCUCUUGUCAUGUUAUGAUUUUAUCGAGCAGUCCUGUGAAUACAUAUUGGAGCAGCUUUCUGUCAUGCAAAAACAAAGGGAAUGCCCCGAGGAAUGCAGGGAGGCCGUGGGAUCCCUGAUGUUUGCUGCAGCAAGGUAUUCUGAUUUGCCUGAAUUACGCGACCUCAGGGAUACAUUUCAGGAGAGAUAUGGAGGUUCUUUGGAACAUUUUGUUAAUCGAGAGUUUGUUGAGAAAUUGGCUUUGAGGCCUCCAUCAAUGGAGAAGAAACUCCAGUUGUUGCAAGACAUAGCAUUAGAGUUUUCAAUAAAGUGGGACUCCAGGGGGUUUAAACGGAGGAUGGAGAAUCCCUCUGCAGUUGCACAGGACCAACCUAAGAAAAACAGGCCUAUCCAUGACCAUGAUGAUAAAUACAAAUUACCUAAUGGCAAGGAGACUGUCACAAAGAUAGAUAAACGGAAUCAUUCAUCUAAAGAUAGGAUUGAGCUUACUGAUGACCGGCAAAGAGUUCACAAUGGUGGGGAGGAGAAUGUGUUGAAAAGAGAUGAGUUGUAUAGUCUGUUCUUCACAAGAGAGGAAUUAACUGGUAAUAGUCACAAGCCACUUGUGGGUACGAAACAAACUAUCCCAAAAAGAGACAACUACGACAUCCCCUUCCAAGGAAGACAGGAAUUCACUGGUGACAGGCAUGAAUCAGUGAAUGGGAAGGACGAUAAAGCCCUAAAAACAGUUAAACCUGGCCUUUCAUCUCACGGAAGAAGGCCAGAAUUUGUCGAUGGUGGAUAUGAGGUGCAUAAUGAUAGGAUGAAUAGUGUACCUAAAAGAGAUGGAAAACCAGAAGUUGCUGCUAGAGUUGAUGCAGUCCCAAGAAGGCGUGAAGGUAAAAAUGUCUCAUCAGCUGGUUAUAGCGAUAAUUGUCAACCAAACACUCCAAAUUCAACAAGCAAAGUUCAGGAGGAAGAAACAGAUAGGUCGAAGCCCUACUCAAGUAAUACUCCCCGUCCACCAUACAUUAAAUCGAAAGAUAAACUCAUUCCUCCACCUUAUGUCAAAUCAAAAGAUAGCAAGCACAGAGCGAAUGAAAAAUCUAGGCAUGUCAGUUCUGACAACGAGGGAACCUCCACAGACCCUUCAAUUCAUAGGAGAGACAAUGCAGAGCGUAGGUCGGAGACAAUCCACAGAGAAUCAGAUCAUCCAAACUAUGACGACCACGUUGUUAGACAUGCGCGAGCGAGUAGUCAUGAUCAUGAUAAAGAUGUACCUUAUCGGGAUGGUAUACCUCUGCCAAAACCAAGAUCAGUUCGGAGGAAACACUCAAAAUCGUCCAGUCGUGAUGAUCUUGGUAAUUAUGAAGAUGCUGGUGUUGAAAAGAGAAGUUCUAGUAGCAGGAGAAGGGAGAAUUCAAGAAGGGGCUUGCAAAUUGAUGACGAGCUUUAUCAGCAGAUGGAUGAAGAGGAAAGGAUGAUAGAUAAACUACUGAGGCAUUACAGUAAGAAACCGUCGUCGUAUGAUCCAGAAAAGGUACGGAGAAAGUCUAAAGCUCAUGCUUCACAUCAGAUAAGUGCCGAUGAUGGGCCUGAUGUGCCCACCAGAUCUGUUUCUCUCCCUCGUGUGCAAACUGGUCCAACCGAGGCAGUAAAAGUUUAUACUCGUGCCAAUUCUUUUCAGCCAGAUAAGCCAGCCCAGCAUGUGCAUCCCAAGUUACCAGACUAUGAUGAUUUGGCUGCCCGAAUUGCAGCCCUCAGGGGGCUGUGAAUGGUAAAAGCAACAGAAUUUGGAAUUUGCUUGGUUCAUUUACAUCCUUGCUUCCGCACAAGGCUAUGCUCAAAACCACCGAGCACAAAGUAACCCAUUUGUGGUUGAAGACCCACCGAUAGGUGUACAAUGCGGUAAUCAAAGCAUAGCCCUGCAUUGUUCACUUUGAUUUCAGUUUGUGCACUGCUUGAUUGUAAUGUUUGUAACUAACAUGCAUGAAUCUUUAAGUGAUACUAAUUCCUCAAAUUGUUAGAUGAGAUUGAGAUUGAGAUUGA